ACGACGAAUAACGACACCACAGUGCUCCAAUCCUCCAUCCGACAUCUCGUAGCGAGCCUCAAGUGCUGAGGCUGCUGCUAGAAUCAUGCUGAGCCGGUCAGCACUUCGCGCAGGCCGCGCGGUGGGCGCUGGCAAGAACGCUGCCACCAAGACUGCCACGCGCAAUGCCUCCUCGCAAAGCUCUUCCGAAUCCGCCGGCUCGCAGUGGGUAAACAACACCCUCCUCGCAUCGUCUACAGCACUCGGUGUUGGUUCCGUGGCAUGGUACUACUAUCAAUUCGGCCGUCCGGCACACGCCAUGACACCGGCCGAAGAAGGUCUUCACGCAACACAGUACCCUUGGGAACACGAGAAGCUCAUCAAGACAUUCGACCACGCCGCACUUCGCCGAGGUUUCCAGGUCUACCGCGAAGUCUGCGCCUCCUGCCAUUCUCUCAGCCGAAUUCCGUACCGAAAGCUUGUCGGAAACAUCAUGACUGUGGAUGAGGCCAAGGUGAUGGCCGAGGAGAACGAGUACCCAGGCGAGCCGAAUGAUGAGGGUGAGAUCGAAAUGCGACCGGGAAAGCUCUCCGACUACAUUCCAUCCCCAUACAAAAACGAUGAGGCCGGUCGUGCCGCCAACAAUGGUGCUCUGCCACCAGAUCUUUCACUGAUUGUCAAGGGUCGUCACGGUGGAUGCAACUACAUUUUCUCUCUCCUCACGGGAUAUCCUGAAGAGCCACCGGCUGGUGCAGUCGUACAGUCUGGCUUGAACUUCAACCCAUACUUCCCCGGUACCGGCAUUGCAAUGGCUCGUGUCCUUUACGAUGGUCUUGUCGAGUAUGAGGACGGCACUCCUGCGACAGCCUCCCAAAUGGCCAAGGAUGUUGUUGAGUUCUUGAACUGGGCUGCAGAGCCAGAAAUGGACGACCGCAAGCGCAUGGGAUGGAAGGUUAUGGCCAUUGGAACCACUCUUUUUGUUAUGUCCGUCUGGGUGAAGAGAUACAAGUGGUCGACCAUCAAGACUCGCAAGAUCGCAUAUAACCCACCAAAGACCCCUCAACCAAAGCAACCUGGUUCCAUUUUCCGACGAUAGACAUGGGUGUAUGAAGUUGGGGAGAAAGAUAAAUAGAGGACAAACAAGAGGAAGUUGGCAUGUACAGACCUUUUCUAGCGUGCUUUCGUCGUGUAACAAGAGUUUCACAAUACACAUCAGAGAGUUCCAAACGUGCAUGGUUUCUGAACCUCCGGCUCAUCUGACGUUCGCAGACAUCAACUCGAACAGGAUCCGUAUAUGCGUCAAUAUGCAAGGCAUGCUUGGCCAUGGCGUUUCGCAG